CUUUCUCUCCCAACCCAAUCAUCCGAAUCCCCAAUCCCUUUCUACAUCUUUCUCUCUCUUCCCGUGCAAACUCAGUCCCCAUUUCUCUACCUCGUAGAAACUAGCAAAUCAGGCUGCCGGGGAGGCGGGGAGACAUUGAGGAGCGAAGGCGGGAGCAGCGUGCGAGCGCCGCUAGCCACAGCCAGGGCUUGCCAACUGACGGCAGCCGCGUCGCCACUUGCUCAGCCGGCCAUCCCGUAACGCCGAGCAGCUGCCCGUCCGCUCGCGAGACGCAGAGGGCGCGAGCAACCCAGCAGGUUCAGACAUUCGGUGCUGAGCAGAUUUGGAACUCCAUAGCAGUUUCCAACUUCUUGCUUGUUCUGCAUAUCACUAUCACGCCACAGGCAAGUAUCAAAACCUUGCAUCAUAUAUUAUCGUUGUGUUUUCAUACAUCAGUCAGACUUAUCAGAUUUCGUGCAAGCUCAAUUGGUCAUUUGAGGGAGGUCAACUAGGAAAGAAAGCAGUUCUACCUGUAAAAUAUAGACAUUGAUUUUCUUCUUCAGGUAACCAUUUGGGUUCAUUCUCUACCAGAGAAAGGAAUAACAUGGACGAUCUAAGUGCAGUGCCAAGGGUUAUGUCGUUCCAGUUAUUAAAUGAAAUUACAAAAAAUUUCUCUGCAGACAUGAAAAUUGGCACUGGAUCAUUCGGAAAUGUUUAUAAGGGACAGCAUACAGAUGGGGAAUGGAUUGCUGUGAAGCUUCUUCAUAAUUACAUUCCAGGACUUGAAGAUGAGCAAUUUGAGAAGGAGUAUCACAAUCUCGCAAAUCUGCAACACAAAAAUAUUGUGCGGUUAGUUGGCUAUAGUCAUGAAACUCGGCGAGAAUUCCUACCUUAUAAUGGUGACCUGGUCUUGGCUGACAUUACACAGAGAGCACUUUGCUUUGAAUAUAUGCAAAAUGGAAGCCUUGAGAAAUUUCUUACUGAUGAAUCUAAGGAACGUGAUUGGCGCACACGCUAUGCAAUAAUUAAAGGAAUUUGUCAGGGUUUGAAAUAUCUUCAUGAGGAAUUGCAAACUCCUAUGUAUCAUUUGGAUUUAAAACCAGCCAAUGUACUGCUAGAUGAAAAUAUGGUGCCCAAAAUCGCGGAUUUUGGCUUGUCAAGGCUCUUCAGAGGAGAACAGUCAAAAUUCACAAAAAGUGACAUAGGAACACGUGGGUAUCUACCACCGGAAUAUAUUGACGCCUGUAUAAUCUCCAUUAAGUUUGACAUAUUCAGUUUGGGUGUGGUAAUUAUAAAGAUAAUGGCUGGACCAACGGAGCACUUUCGAAGUGCUGAAAUGUCUCCCCAAGAAUUCAUAGAGAUUGUACAUGCUUACUGGAAGACUAAGCUACAAACAACAUUGGUUCACGCGUUGGAGCCAUAUUCCAAACAAGUAAAGAGAUGCAUCGAAAUAGCUUUAAAUUGUGUGGAUGCAGAUCGACACAAAAGACCAAGUAUAGGGGAAAUCAUUAAUGUUUUGAAUGAGACGGAGAUUGCAAUACAAGUCCUUGGCGCUUCAAUGAAUCACACAGGGUCAUCGAUGAACAAGAUAAAUAGUGACCGGGAAAGAGAGUUCCUUAGGUAUGCCAAGGAAACGCUGUAUUAUGUACAUCGAGGGCAAGGGAACACAUCAUUUGAGAUAAAUAGCGACCAGGAAAGAGAGUUCCUUAGGGAUGCCAAGGAAACGCUGGAUUAUGUACAUCGAGGGCAAGGGAACACAUCAUUUGAGGACUUCCGACAAACUCACAUAGCAGAACUAGAAGAACAAGAGAGAAAAGGACUGAGCACGGCGGUGAAUCUCUUUGGUGAAGUAGUUGACAACUACAAGUUGGAUCAAAUGCCAGGGUACAAGGGGAAACCCAAGAAGCGGGAAGACCGAGCACGAGAGGCCUUGAAUCUGAUGUGCGAGGACCGCAAAGAUGUCAUGGCUUGCAGGUACUUGUGUCCCAAGGUAAUCAUCCAAGUCUACUGGCCGCGGGCCACGCAGUGCUUCAUCUAUAACGCGACCGGCGACACCCUCUACCACGUCGGCAACCAUGACUGGUCUGGGCACAUCCUCAAUAGCAGGGGCUACCCUGAACGGAUUGGCAACGGUCAGUGGGCUGCCUUCGUUCACUGCCAAGGGUCAUUUUCAGGUUCGAUGGCAUCGGUUAUCUAUCGUGGCAAGAACAAAGAUGGUGGAGAUCAGCACUACCUGGUUUCCUGGAAUAACCCAAUUAGAUAUACUUUUGGGUUCAACAAGGCUUAUUGCGGGAUCGGCCCUGUAGACUACUUCCAUACACGUUGGGAUCAUACACUCGAUAACCUUUCAAAUUCUGAUAACUAUUCAUACGCCAAGUCUGAUGGAUGCGAGAUUGAUUCAAAAAUUGGCAAGCGUGAUGCCCCAUUUUUUAUUGCAAAGAUCACCUCGCUGGUUGGUCACCUCCAGCAUUGUGCAAGGAUUUAUAUGGAUAAAUAGAUAGUCAGUUAAUUCCGUUUGUGAGAGCAUGCCGAAUGGUGGUAUUCUUACGAUCACUUGUAAUGGAGUUAACUUUUUCCCAUGUCAUCGUUGGCGGGUAGGCCACCUCUGUCAUAAUUGCGAUCAAUUUCCCAAACUGGCAACUAACCCGAAGUUGUAGCGAUUUGCAACGAAUUACCCCGACUAGUCGCCAACCCGUGCAUUCGCACGGCCAGUUAUUUAGUAUUACAUUGUAAUCUAUAUAACAUAAAGCUAUGUGUUGUGUACAUUUACACUGGGACGUGCCAUCUAAUUUCUUUCAAAUAAGUCAUAUAGUAUUUUCAACAUGGGGAUUCAUAGGCGAAUUUAUGUAUUCCACAAAGGAGUUAGUUGGAUAACUUGAUAUUAUAUCUUUAUAUGAUUUUAUCCUUUAUAUC